AUGAUCAGCAAACUGAGAGACGAUCUCCUCGUCGAAGUUCUCAUUCGAGUCCCGGAACCUAGCUCCCGCUGCCGCUGCAAACUCGUAUGCAAGCAAUGGAACUCUCUGCUCUCCGACCCCUACUUCGUACCCCGUUUCGAUCAUCACAGAAACCACAUCGAAACGCCUCUGCUGCCCUCGGACACUUUCUUGAGCUUCCUCCCCGUCCCGGAUGAACUUCGAAAGGAUUUCCGGAUCUUCGACGCCUUCAAGGACUUGCUUUUAUGCGGGUUUGCAGAAUUACUCGCCAGCCCGAAUUGCGAAGCUGACAGAUCCUACUUGCUCUGCAAUCCGUCUACGAAGCAAUGGAUGGCCCUUCCUUUAGCCCCCGAAAUGCCACCGAGAUACUUCUUCAUCACCCUUGCAAGGUUAGUUUGUGAACCCCGCGGUUGCAGUCAAGGCGGACAAUCACUUGUUCGGCAUCGAUUUCGCGUGGUGUGCAUGCAUCAGUCGACGACGAGGUUUGUAAGGGUAGACGUGUUUUGUUCCGAGUCCGGGAAAUGGAUCAAGGAUGCUCUUAAUUUCAGUGGUUAUGGCGACAUCUAUUCGAAAACCGUGAUCUCGUGCAACGGGGAGUUGUUUUGGACCUAUUUUGGAAACAAAUUUGAAGAUGCUGCCGGGUCGAUUCCUUUGCUGGCUGCUGUUAAUCCUUUCCGGCUUGAUAUACCUCCAACACAUAUUGAUGCUAGUACGGCAUCAUUCUCUCAGAAAACCUUGUGGAAUUUCGGGGUCUCGCAAGAUGCUUUGCACCUAGUUGUAUUUGAACUGAAACGUAGCUCAUGUGGUGGCCCGAGCCUCUUGAGUGUUUGGAGACUGGAAGAAGAUCGUAAAUCUUGGAGUAGACGAUACGAAACCAAGGUAGACUUGUCCAGGUUUAAGCACAAGCCGAAGCAUGAGGUCGAAGUAAUCGAUCUGCAUCCAGGGAAGCCGGAAAUUGUCUUCCUGCGGUUCAUUGAUUAUAGUCAAGCCAGCGAGUCUGCUAUUUGGUCCUGCAAUUUGAGGAGCGGAGAGUCUGAGAUCUUCUGUAAAAUAAGUAAAGCUUCCCCACGUUGGAGGGUGUUCGAGCAGCGGCUCUCUUGCUGGCCUAUUCCAAUUCCAAGGUACGAGGAAUUGCGAGGUGUGUAUGAUGGAAGUUACAGCUCGUUUGUUCAGAACAACACCAGCACCAGCAACAAUGAAAAGCCCACAACUGCCUUGAGACCUCAAGCGUCCUGUUAA